CUCCUGGAGGCAUCCACCUUUUUGCUCACUAGCAAACCACAAAGAGAUCGUAGCAUUUUCCAAGGGAGAGGCGAGCCCACGAGUUUGGGGGGAGGAGGGGAAUAAAAUGCACUUCUGAAUUUAAAAAGAAAAUGGAGGGAAAAUGAACUAGUAAGUGGCUGGGAGAAAAUCACUGGGAAAGGGGAAGAAGGGAAAGAAAUGGGGAUAGGCGCAAGGGAAAGGAAGGGAAACGCUGCCUCUCUGAGUUCUCUUCUGCAGCAGGUGAAGAGGGAAGCUUUCUUGGUCAGGAGAGCGGUAAAAGCAGGAUCUCGCUGGCUUCAGUCUGUAUCCAGUGUAAUGAGAAUCUUGCAAGCAGUCUAGGGGGGGUUAGACACUGAUCCUCAAAAGGUGUGUAAAGGUAAUGGAGAAUAUGUCUCCCCGUUCCUUAGACUGCCUGGAAAAUCUUAACCAAGAGUUGAUCAGCUAAAACCACGUACAAUGGGAUCAUGCACCGGCGCAGUUCCACUGCCAAAUGUCUAUGUUCCGGCAUGAAAUUAGGCUGAAUCUAAAAGAUCAGGAUGUCAGAUAUGGCUUGUUGUGGAUUCCCCGAAACACAAUGUAUUAGAAGCAGGUCAGUCUGAUGUCAAAGAAUGGUUACAAUUGCUUCCUGUCCUAGACAGUAAACAUUUGGGAAUCUAGCUGGAAAAAAAAUAGGCAAGACCCUGAGAGAUGUAGCUUCAUAUCUGGAGUUUUCAAGUGCUCCUGUGUCAGGAUGCACCAGGAGACAGAUUUUCGUAGUGGACAAGGAGCAGCUACCUUUGAUGUCUGUUUCUGUAGCAGAAUUCACAGGUUUAUGUCCAAAACUGACCAGUUGCUGGUUAUGGUUUUUGUUAUUGUUGUUUUGGUUUUUGUAUUGCGUUUGCAUUGAGAUGUGUACGAGCCUGGAUAUUUCUGGUCACACAGGAGCAGCAACAGCCCGUGCUAACUAUUUUGUCUGUGCAGUUUGGUGGGUUGGGAGCAAUGGAACCAACAGGCUCCAGGUUUCUUUGUUGUGCUACCACCAUGAGAUGGAGCAGCUGCGCUUCUCUGUUUUGUUGGUAGGAUUGGGGGAAAGUAGGGGAUUGAAAAAUAACCGAAUUGGAUGCAGUCAAGUGUCAGGUAUGUAUUUUUGUGCGGCUCCUGCAGGGUCUACAGAUUGUGGUCUACUAGGAGCUGCCAUAUUUUCCCCUCUAUUUACCUAUUACAAUUUGGGGUUGGGGUUAAAAUUUGGAAGCAUCCAGAUACUGAAUACAUGUUUUUUCUAGUGCUAUUGGGCACGAGUACUCCACAGUCCAGGUGUUUCCAGGGAAGGAUAGACUUAUAAUUCGGAGUCAGAAACUGCGAAGAUCCAGGUGGACCCAGGUAGCGGAUCUGUGUUUUUUGUGGAACUCACGUGCCAGGAUGUACCAGGGUGCAGAACAUUCUGAUGCAGUAGGAGCAGCUCCGCUUGGCUCGCUGAUCCUGCCAUGAAAUGAGGGAUGAGGGCUUAACAUUGAACGGAUCCAGUUGCAAUCCAAGCGCCAGAUCUGUUUUGGUGGCGCUCGUCUUGUUCUAAAGCCCCCGGGAUCCAGACAUUUUUUGGCGCUGUAGGAGCAGUUACUCUCUAUUCAGGCAUUAGAAUUGGUGGCCUCGGGGUCAGAAUGUGAGUGGCUGCAGCAGGUGCCAGAUCCAGGUUUCCGGGUUCCACGGAGGGGUGGAUUUUUUUUUCCCUUUGGUGCAAUAGCCUCAGCUAGACUCGUUUUCCGGCUUGUUUAAUGGCACAGUGUCGAGGGCCGAGGGGCCACACACAUCGGUAAGAGCCAGUGCGAUCCAGCGUUUACCUUUCCCCCUUCUUGUCGUCUCCAAGGUGUGAGACGAGAGGCAGCUCCAGCUGCUGGAGGAGACCAGGGAGAACUUGGCUUCCUCGCUGACUGACUAGGCACCGGCUACUGCCUCUCCAUCUCUCUUUACUCGCCCCCAAGGGAGCGCUUCCUGCGGCUCACAGCCCCCCCAGAGAGGCAAUCCAACCUCCGAGCACCAGGAGGGCCAGACAGAGCGAGAAGGAAGAAGGAGCGCAUUUGCGUGUUGCACAGUCACUAUGAACAAUGGCCCAGCUAUACUACAAAAAGGUAAAUUAUUCACCGUACAGAGACCGGAUCCCAUUGCAGAUUGUGCGAGCAGAGGCAGAGCUCUCGCAAGAAGAGAAGGCCUAUCUCAUUGCUGUGGAGAAGGGGGACUAUGCCAGUGUGAAACAUGCCUUACAAGAGGCAGAAAUCUACUACAACAUCAACAUUAACUGUAUGGAUCCUCUUGGACGCAGUGCCCUUUUAAUAGCCAUAGAGAAUGAAAACCUGGAGAUCAUGGAGUUACUGCUGAGCCACAGUAUUUAUGUGGGAGAUGCUCUGUUGUAUGCAAUACGGAAGGAGGUGGUUGGAGCAGUGGAGCUGCUUCUGAGUUACAGGAAGCCAAGUGGUGAAAAGCAGGUCCCUACCUUGAUGAUGGACACCCAGUUUUCAGAAUUCACCCCUGAUAUAACCCCAAUAAUGUUGGCGGCCCACACCAACAACUACGAAAUCAUCAAACUGCUUGUCCAAAGACGGGUAACAAUACCACGCCCCCACCAGAUCAGAUGCAACUGCGUGGAAUGUGUCUCCAGUUCCGAGGUGGACAGCCUGAGGCAUUCCAGGUCAAGGCUAAACAUCUACAAAGCCUUAGCGAGCCCUUCGUUGAUUGCCUUAUCGAGUGAGGACCCUAUUUUGACAGCCUUCCGGCUGGGCUGGGAGCUGAAGGAGCUCAGCAAAGUGGAGAAUGAGUUCAAGGCUGAAUACGAAGAGCUUUCACAGCAGUGCAAACGUUUUGCUAAGGACCUUUUGGACCAGGCACGGAGCUCCAGGGAACUGGAGAUCAUUCUCAACCACAGGGAUGAUCAGAGUGAGGAGCUGGAUCCCCAAAAAUGUCAUGAUUUGGCAAAGCUAAAGGUAGCAAUAAAGUAUCAUCAGAAAGAGUUUGUUGCUCAGCCAAACUGCCAGCAGCUGUUAGCUACACUUUGGUACGACGGCUUUCCAGGAUGGAGGCGGAAACACUGGGCAGUCAAGCUCUUGACCUGCAUCACCAUUGGACUGCUAUUUCCUGUGCUUUCUGUGGCAUAUUUAAUUGCACCUAAGAGCAGGCUGGGACUGUUCAUUAAAAAGCCAUUUAUAAAGUUUAUCUGCCACACCGGUUCUUAUCUAACCUUCCUCUUCAUGCUACUUCUGGCAUCGCAGCACAUUGUCAGGACUGAUCUCCAUGUGCAGGGACCACCUCCCACCAUCGUUGAAUGGAUGAUCCUACCCUGGGUUCUAGGUUUUAUCUGGGGAGAAAUCAAGGAGAUGUGGGAUGGUGGAUUCAAUGAGUAUGUACAUGACUGGUGGAAUCUGAUGGACUUUGCAAUGAACUCACUCUACCUUGCAACUAUCUCCCUGAAAAUUGUUGCUUAUGUCAAGUAUAAUGGUUCUCGUCCAAGGGAGGAAUGGGAAAUGUGGCACCCGACACUCAUUGCAGAAGCUCUCUUUGCAAUAUCCAACAUUUUAAGUUCCUUGCGUCUCAUAUCCCUGUUUACAGCAAACUCCCACCUGGGCCCCUUGCAGAUCUCUCUGGGACGCAUGCUGCUAGACAUCCUCAAAUUCCUUUUUAUCUACUGUCUGGUGCUUCUGGCUUUUGCCAAUGGACUGAACCAGCUUUAUUUUUAUUAUGAGACCAGUGCCUCGGAGGAACCCAACAACUGCAAGGGGAUCCGAUGUGAGAAACAGAACAAUGCCUUCUCCACACUUUUUGAGACCCUCCAGUCGCUCUUCUGGUCCGUGUUUGGUCUGUUGAAUCUCUACGUCACCAACGUGAAGGCUAGGCAUGAGUUCACGGAGUUUGUCGGAGCCACCAUGUUCGGAACAUACAAUGUCAUCUCCCUGGUCGUUCUGCUGAACAUGCUCAUAGCCAUGAUGAACAACUCCUACCAGCUGAUCGCUGACCACGCAGAUAUUGAGUGGAAGUUUGCACGGACAAAGCUGUGGAUGAGUUACUUUGAUGAAGGUGGCACUCUGCCCCCUCCAUUUAAUAUUAUCCCAAGUCCCAAGUCAAUCUGGUACCUUUGCAAGUGGAUCCACAAGCAGCUGUGCCCAGACAUGGACUCUGAGGAUGAACAGAAGAGGCAUGAAAACCUAAAAACAUUCACAGAACGGCAUGCUGACAACCUGAUUCAGAAUCAACAUUACCAGGAAGUGAUCAGAAAUCUAGUGAAAAGAUAUGUUGCAGCAAUGAUACGAAAUUCCAAAACCAACGAAGGAUUAACUGAAGAAAACUUUAAGGAAUUAAAGCAGGACAUAUCUAGCUUUCGCUAUGAAGUUCUUGACCUCUUGGGAAACAGGAAACCCCAGAGGAGAAGUUACUCUACUAGCAGCACAGAGGUCUCCCAAAAGGAUGAAACCAACGAGGAUGGUGCUGGAGAAAAAGCUAAAGCCAAGAGUGUUUCUUUCAAUAUAGACAACAAGAAACAAGAUUUCAAUGUGUCAGCUCUGAUUAAAACUAUGUCUGGGAUCGAAAUUGUGGAAGAGAAACCAAAAAGCAAUGGAAUAAAUAAGCGCUCUUUUGUCCGAAACGGGAAUAGGGUUCAGAGGCUUUCGAGCUCCAAGAAAGAGUCUUUCAAAAGACUGGGUCUCCUCUUCUCGAAGAUGAAUGGACACGUGCCUGAGCCAAAUUCAGAGCCUAUGUACACUAUUUCAGAUGGAGUUAUUCAGCCACAUUACAUGUGGCAAGACAUUAAAUAUUCUCAGAUCGAUAAAGAGAGAGAAGAGAACUGUUCCAAAAGUGAAAUUAACCUCAAUGAGGUGGACUACAGUGGGAACAUGAGACUUACAGGACAGAGCAAGGAAUGCCCUAUGGUUUGUACCAGCUCUCUUCACUGUGCUUCCAAUAUUUGCUCCUCUAAUUCCAAACUUAUAGACUCCACCGAGGAUGUGUUUGACUCCUGGGGAGAGACCCGUGACUUGCUUAUAAACCAGUGGAAAGAUGGGCAGGAAGAUCAUAUUACAACUCGGCUAUAAGUAAAGCUAUUAAACACCUGCUAUAGGACGUAGCUAAAUAUUUGUCAUUGUUUGCUAUCACCGAUGGUUCAGAGUCAGGAGUCCCUUUCGGUCCCUAGCAUCGGGUGUAGGAAUCUAGUUAUUUUAGCCUGUUUUAUAGCCACCUUUACCACAUUUUUUUAUUUGCCUUUUUACACUCACCAGUGCUGAACUAUUUACCAGUUUGGGCCAAUGUUAAGGAUGUUCAAUACUAUGCAGCAGAGGUGCAAAGUGCUGUUCCCUACCAAUUGCUAUGCUUAGCCUGUAUGUGCUUACUGUAAACCCCAAGGUUCUUUUAUUGAUGCAGAUCCAGUCUUCAGAUCCCAUAAACCUCAGAUGUUUUGGUGGCAGAGUAAAGGACCUGUACAGUUUCUUUCCUAAUCCAACUAUCUGGUUGUUCACUGGAUGUCAGAGACAGAUGUUGCCUCCUGAUUCAAUGGGUGCAGGGAUUGAGGG